CCAACUUGAAUCAGAUUUCAUUUUAGGCAGGCAACUAGAUUGAGAUAAGGAAAUCGUCUCUAAGAGCAUUUUUACAGUAGCAAAUCAGAAUAGGAACCUGCAUAUAGGUUGGCGCCAUACUCCCGGAUUUUCUUCAUGUCGGAUAGAUUUAACAGCCAGAGGGAUACCAUUCUGAACCUUUGCUGUGCAGAUAGUCCUCUUCUGGAAAUAUUAUGAGCUAGAUUGAAAGUUCUGGAGAUAUAGUCUUCGUGUGAUUUUGCUCACAGAUUUAAGCUUUAAAUUGCAAUCCGAACUAGAAAUUGCUUACCAUGUGUUUGAGAGCUUGGAUUUUGUCAUCAUACAAAUCGAAAUAUAAAAUGCUUCCAAACAAAAUAAAACAAAACAUGACAUUUCACCAUGGCAUGAUUUGGAGCCGAAUUCAGAUGAAAUAUGUAUCUGGAUGAACAGGUUAGGGCUGUCAAUGGGGAGACCCUAGAUCAGUUUGUCUAAAGAAAUGAAGUCACCUGUGUAUUGCAACACUGCACAGGAAGUAACAGACAAAGCCAGGUGAAAAAUGGAAAUUCCCCAUUUGUGAUUUAUGAGUAAUGCAUGCUUGUUUGGAUGUGGAUUGGCAGGCAUAGUCAGCAUGGUGGCAUUUGUGGCUAUUAAUGGUCAUUGCUCCAUCUCAUUCCUUCAUUAUCUUGUAAGGUCCCUACAAAUUUUCGUGCACCCCCACAAUAAUAUCGAGGUUUGAGAUACCAUCACUCUCCCUCUUAUCAUCUUCCUUCUAGUACAGCCUAUGUUUGGAAUGAAUUCAAAGUAAAAAUGAAAUGAAAAAAUUGUAAAAAUUAAUUUCAUUCUAUUUCAUUUUAUUUUUAUUUAUCAAACAAAUUAUUAGAGUGGAAUGAAAUGGAAAUUCCUAUAGCCAAUUUAUAAAAUUGUAGAAGUUAAUUACAUUUCAUUCCGUUUCAUUAUAGUCUUGUGUACCAAAUAAAUUUUGUAUUGUUUGCAAGUUUCGAGAAUGAAGAAUCGUUAAUUAUCAUUUGAUUUUGUAAUAAAAUAUUACUUAUAAAUUUUGUGUAAUUAUUAAAUUGAGAUUAUGAGUUUCUAAACACAAAGCACAAUAUCUUCUAUAAUCUGAAAUGUACACCUACUGCUACCAUUUUUUUUAAAAUUCUUGAUAAUAAAUAUAAAGAAUCUUAAAAGAGUGGCCAAAAGCAUUGUAAGAUUUUCUCCGGAAGAAGGAGAAGCACGUGCCACAUACCGCACACGGUGCGGAUAAGACCACAUCCCCAGUUUCCAAACACUCCCAAAAUCUCUUCAUUAUCCACAAGCCCCCCUCUCUCUCCUCUUUAAACCACCAGAAUCCCAGAUAGGAUUUGCUUCUGCUUAGGAGAGAGCGACUGUAGAAGUAGAAGGAGAAGAAGAGAUCCUCAGCAAACCACACAUUAUGGCAACAGGCGAAAGAACCUUCAACUUCUCGCUCAGUCGCUCUGCCCAAACGCAAUGCUUCCCCUUUUCUUUCUCUAUUCUCUUUAUCUCUCUCUCUCAUUAGAUUCGCACUUCUGGUCUGUGGAUUCCCCAUCAAGCAAUGGCUCUUCCGCAGCUCAUCCCCUCUGCUUCUUCCUCCCUCGCCCACAAACCUUCCUUAAACCCUAAUUCCUGUUCCUCCAGUCACACUCAUGGCCCACGCUCGUGGCCAUCUCCGCCGAGGUUCCUUGCCUCCUCUCUAGGCCGUCACCGCCACUGCUGCCGCCGGAACCCUUACUCCCUCAGGUGCUCCGCCUCCUCCUUCUCCGAGAAGCACCACACGGGAUCUCCGCAGUCUGACGACGUCGUUGAACUCCCUCUCUUCCCUCUCCCGCUUGUCCUCUUCCCCGGCGCCAUCCUCCCCCUGCAGAUCUUCGAGUUUCGGUACCGCAUGAUGAUGCACUCCCUCCUCCAGACCGAUCUCCGGUUCGGGGUUAUAUACUCCGACUCCGCCACUGGCACCGCCGACGUCGGCUGCGUCGGCGAGGUCGUCAAGCACGAACGCCUCGUUGACGACAGGUUCUUCUUAAUCUGCAAGGGGCAGGAGCGCUUCCGAGUCACGAAUCUCGUCCGGACCAAACCCUACCUCGUCGCGGAGGUCACUUGGCUCGAGGACCGGCCGUCCGGCGAUGGCGACGACGAUUUGGAUGCCUUGGCCGGCGAGGUUGAGACGUACAUGAAGGACGUGAUCAGAUUAUCGAAUCGAUUGAACGGGAAACCGGAGAAGGAAGCGCAGGACUUGAGGAGAAAUCUGUUUCCAACGCCAUUCUCUUUCUUCGUUGGGAGCACGUUUGAGGGCGCGCCGAGAGAGCAGCAGGCGCUGCUGGAGUUGGAGGAGACGGCGACGAGAUUGAAGAGAGAGAAGGAAACGUUGAGGAAUACGCUCAAUUACUUGACUGCGGCAUCGGCUGUCAAAGAUGUGUUUCCAUCAUCAUAAAUGAGAAGAGGGUUAGGGUAGAAGCUGCACCGGAGAGGUUUACUUUUUUCAUGGAAGCAUAAGAUAGAGGCGAGCAAUUUCAAGAACAUAGGGUGGUUUAGAUAUGAAAGAUUAGUAGCAUGAGAGCAGGAAUUUCAACAAAGGGAGAUAAUUUCUUGGUACUCAAUUUUUAUUCUUUUAGGUAUCCUGUAUAUGGUCACCUUCUUAAGUAAUGUCCUAUGUGAAUUUGCUUCAGUCCAUUGGCUAAGGAGAUUCAACAGCGUGUACAUAAAAAUUGAAACCAAAAUAACCCAGGAAACUGAGACCUUGAGAUUUGACUACUCAAACCUUUAGAGCAUUGGAGGAGCAUCCACUUUUUAUUUUUUCAAAGAUGCGAUAAUUUGCUUGGAUCCUAGAAAAAUAUGAAUGCCUUACAUUGCCAAAAUAAUGCCUUUAGUCUUAACUAUCCAUAAAUAAACACAAUUACCCGAGUUCAUUUUGUUUGCUGAGCAGCGAGCAAUGUUAUGGAAUUUGUAGAGAUGCUCUGAACAACAAUCAACCAUCUCUUCUAAUCAAGCAGGCUUUAUCGAGACUGGGUAUCUCCACGUGAUUGUAUAGCUUUUAUGAAAUUUUAUGUCCAUAGUUUUCUACUUGGGCUGGUAAUUGGUUUGCAGGGUAUGUUGAAGCUGUUGUUCAUUUCGCAUAGUUUUCUACUUGGGAUGGUAAUUGGUUUGCAGGGUAUGUUGAAGCUGUUGUUCAUUUCUUAUGAUUUCCUGUUCCAAGUCUUUGUUGGUAGGGUAUGAGUUGGUACAAUUUAGUCAAAAUAUAUACACUUGGAUUUGUUCUAGUGAAAUUUAUGAGUUCUGAAUAA